AUCCACACCACCACACCCAAACUUCACGUCCACAUUACAAUACCUUUCACGCUAAACUAAUCAAUCCGGCAUGGCAUCAUCGGCGGUUCGAUUCGUGGCAGGCACCAGAAAAUCACAAUUGGGGACCUUAUACCUACAAUGCCACGUUAAACCUGGCGCAUCCCGAGUUCGCGAGGGGAUCACGGCUGUCACAGAUGCGACCGUAGAGCUAUGCGUUUCAGCGCAAGCGAAGGAAGGCGAAGCUAAUAAAGCCGUCGUGAAGUUGCUCAGCGGGGUUUUGGGCAUUCCCAAAUCCGACCUGACUAUUACCCAAGGGCUCAAGUCCAGGGACAAAACUGUCGCAGUGGGCAACAUUCAAGACGGAGAAUCGAGUAUGGCUAAGGUUAGAGAGCAGCUUGAGAAGGCCUUGGAAGAUGGUUGAUGAGGGUACACAAAAUGGCGUGAAAAUAAAUGUGACAGCGGGCCGUUUGUCCAACAGCGAGAAGCAUCAAAGUUGUCUGUGAAAUAUGCUUCAGUACGGCUAGAAGGACGGGUCAUAUAGUUCCUAGUCCAACGUUGCUCAAUGAAAGACAGGACAAGAUUCGGCGUUUAGCCAGCUGCUGCAACGUGUACUCUUUCCAUAUAUCC